AUGACCCUGUGGAUACAGGACUGGACAGAGGUCAGAGUCCGUCCACCAUCAUAUGAGGCGACUGUGGGGAGAGCUGUGGCUCAGCUGGAGAAGACACUCAGGGAAGACAUGAAGAAGCUGUUUAAGACUGAACUGAAGAGGGUCCAGCAGCAUGCAGUGGACGUGACUCUGGAUCCUGAUACAGCAAAUCCUUAUCUCAUCCUGUCUGACGAUAGAAAACAAGUACACUGCGGUGAGGUGAGGAGAAAGCGGAAACUUCCGGACAACCCAAAGAGAUUUACUUACUUUGUUAAUGUUUUAGGAGAGCAGAGUUUCUCUUCAGGCAGAUUUUACUUUGAGGUUCAGGUUAAAGGAAAGACUGACUGGGAUUUAGGAGUGGCCACAGAGUCGAUCAACAGGACAGAGAGCAUGUCAUUGAGCCCCAAAAAUGGUUUCUGGACUGUGUGGCUUAGAAAUGGAUACGAGUACAAAGCUUGUGAAGACAACAAAAUUAACCUCUGUCUCCGGUGUGCUCCUGAGAAGGUGGGGGUGUUUGUGGACUAUGAGGAGGGUCUGGUCUCCUUCUAUGACGUAGAUGCUGCAGCUCUGAUCUACUCGUUCACUGGCUGCUCCUUCACUGAGAAACUCUUCCCGUACUUCAGUCCUGAGCUUAAUGAUGAUGGUACAAACUCUGCACCACUGAUCAUUUGUCCUGUCAAUCAAACUGAGAGCUAAGAUUUUUUACUUUAUUAGCAGAUUACUUUAUAUUACAAUUAUUGUCUAUUACAUAAUUAUGAUAUCUUUUUCUUUUGAAAGAGAAACAUUAAACUGAUAUUUUAAGUAAUCAAGAAGAAGACAAAUAAAAAAUAUAACCAAGUAUUUAAAUAAUGAAAAAUAAUUUUUGAAAAGUAAUUUGUGCUCCAAUUGUCUCCACUGUUAUGGGAUCUUAACGCGUUCACACAAACAGUUGGUCUUUGUAAGGUUUAGAAAAACGACACAAAGAGGAGCAGCUGCAGGUUUGACUGAUAAGAUCAUUUAUAGAGACGAGUUCUCUGCACAGCGUGGUCACAGUCAGGACGCUGUACAAAAAGAAAACUUACUACUUCUUUACUAAGAGAUUAAACAGAGAGAAUAUGACCCUGUGGAUACAGGUCAGGCUGAGCAGAUCAGAAACUGUCCCAUUACAGCACAUCACAGAUUUCCAGUAGCACCAGUGUACAUAACAACAUUGUAUAUUAAGAACAUUACAGACAAACAUUUAUCUGGUUUGAGGGGUCAUGUGGGCAGUUAAGAUAGUGUAGUGUGGAAAGG